GUUACAUAUCAUCCCGCGUCCAAGGGCAGCAUAUGUCGUCGUUUAGCACGCGGUUCCUGCCCACGGAUGGGAUUCCGGCGUACAACGCCUUGUUGGACCAGCACUUGGGCCACCACCGCAACUACUUGCUCGGGUCGAAAGCGUCGUUAAAGUUGCUGCAAACCACGGGGGCGAUAGCUAAAGUCGAGGUGGGGACCUCGGCGGAUCAGUACGUCGUGUAUGUGGAAGAGCCCCCCGUUUCGUCAGUGAGAAAGCACCCGCCUGCUUCGUCCAACUCCCAUGAAAACCCUGCCGACUCGACCAAGGCUUUCAACCUGAACAAGAAGGCGUCGUCGUGUUGUCGCUAUCGCAAAUCCAAGAAGGAAGGCAAUUCCCCCCCAUCCAAACAACAGACAACAGACCAAACCCCGGAGAUAGUGGACCGAAUGGCAAGGCGACGACUCCAACAUUCAGCUAGCGACACGUCGUGCCUUCUUGGCGCCCACAACAAACCCCACCGGCUGAAGAAACCGGCGCAGAUUGAACCCAUGGCCUCACGACCGAAGCCAGGAUGUAGCCCGUUCAAAAAAGCAGCGUCCGAGGCGUCUUCGAGCCAAGGCAAGCCGUUGUGGACGACGACCGAAGGUGCGAAUGCUCAUUCGAAUCGAAACGACCAGGCGACGCUGUCACUUCAUCACGGCACGUGCAAACCAGUGGUGAAUCACUUGUUGGAAAGCGAUGUGGCAUACCACGACAAGAUCAGUCGCUUCAAGGCGCAGUUGGCCGCCAUGGCGGACGAAAAGGCGGUCGUACAAGGGGAGAUUGCGCGGCUACGAAAGGAGCUGCGAGGGGUGAACGCUGUGCAAGAGAAUGACUUGGCAGUGGCCCACUGCCACGCUGUUGUGCAGCAUCGCCUCGGGAAAGCCCAAGACGAGUUUAUGAAGGUGCUGACAAACCAAGCCGCCAUUCGAACCGCUAUCGACGCCGCGCGACUAGAGCUGCUGGCACUGGCCCAAGUGCGGCGCAAACUGGAAGGGGACAUCGACGAAGCCAACACAAAGAUCGACGCGGCACUGGCCCGCAUCGAAACGACCAAAGCCAUACAAAAGAACACGUUUGGGGAGUUGACCAACCUGGAGCGACAGGCAGAGGCCGACGCCGUCGAGCGCAUUCUCAAGCUACCGCCGGAAGGAGAUAUGGUCAACAUGGAUGUUCUGAACCUGAUGAAGACGAUCCAUGAUCGCGCGUUGAGUCGGAAGCAAGAGGAAGCGGCACGGCAAGCCGCCGCCUUGGAGGAAGAGUCACGGCCACAACAGAACGCCGAAGGGUCGUCAGCACUCCUCGACACCACGUACACGACUGCAUUUGCGUCGAUCCAAGCGGCCGUGCAUGCGCCAUCCGUGGACGAAUUCGUCAUGUCGUUUGUCGACACGGAAAACCAGCUGUUGUCCAUGUAUCAACAUUACUUGGAGCAACAAGCCGACACAAAGCGAGCCAAAGCCGAGCUCGACGCCCUCCUCAGUCAAGCGCGGACGGUGCGCCAGCGCAUGCGCCAGCAGCAGGACGACACCCACGCCCGCAAAGCCAGCCUCUUGGACAGAAUAGCCCACGUCAAGCAAAAGACCCACGAGUACUCUGUGCUUCAUCGGCGGCAAUCGGUGGAGCACAACGCACUACGCGCGCCGAUUCUGCACCUCCUCGAAGUUCUCAAAGCCGACAAGCACUUUUUGCACACGAAUGGGUUCCUUAAUCCAACACAUGACAUGUCCCUACCCCACAUCUUGGGCAUCGCCCAGGAACGGAUUGUCGAGUUUGCCAUCCUUUCCCAAGUGCACGCCACACAAGCCAAUGCCGUGCAUGUCAAAGUGCAGGCGAUCGAACGUUUCAACCGGCGCACGCGCCUCUCCACGCCCACUCCUGACCAUCCGUCCCCGUCCGAACCGCCCAUCCCAGCCACGGCCAUCGUCGUGGGCCCAAGGGUCCCCAGCAGCCUCAACCCCCCCUGUCCAGUCUCCCACGUCGCCGCCCCCGUGGUAGCAGCCGACCCUUCCCAUCACCCGAUUCCCCGAUCGUUUGAAGUCCUGGCAAAUGCCGCUACCUUGCCCAGCAUGUUGAGCUGCGAGAGCAGUUUGGAGAGCACAGUGCCGCUGUCGUCUUUUCAGCUGUUCCAGCGAGCGCUGCGGGCACACACAUACCCCAACAACCAUGUGUCAAACGAAUCCUAACCACCACAUUUCGAUGCAA